AUGCUUUGCGUUGACGGUGUACUGAGAAAGCAUGAUUCUGUGAAAGCAGAGUGUAUAGAUGUGAUGCUCAGCGAAAUGGAGCACGUUGCUCCAGGAUCUUCAGACAGGUGGCUUGAGAAAGCAGAAACGUUUUUCGAAGCAAAAUUCUAUAAUGCCGAAAGAGUUGUUAAAGAAGUAAUGGAAGAGCAAAGCAAAUGUAGACGUUUUACCGGCAUUGGUUCUGCUUCUUAUGUUGUUGCAGGAAUAGCAUCAGCAAGUUCAGCGGUAGACGGACCUGCACUUGCUGUUACAGGAGCUAUUGCUCUUGGCGCACUUGGCCUGGGAGGCCUUUUUAAUGCUCUAGCUGAUAAGAAGAAGCAGAAAGCGUAA